AUGCCUCCCCUCCCUGCCCCCCUCCUCCUGACCCUGCUCCAACUUGCAGUGUUCGCCUAUGUUAGUGGUGGGGCGUACUAUGGACACAAGCAACACCCUCAGCCAUACCAGCCAAUGCAGCAUGUUCCACAUAUGGGCGUUGGCAAGGAAGGGUUUCCACAGCAACAGUUCAUUGGCAAAGAGGUGCCCUACAUGCAAUACCCCCACUACAGGAAGGAGAUGCCACAGAUGCCAGUGCACAAGGGCAAGAAUCCCCGCAAAGGUGGUAACUUUAAAGGUGGACAAGACAAAGGUCAGACAGUCCCUAGUGGUGCAGAGGGAAUUCCCCAAGGUGAACCUGGUCCUGCUGGACCACCUGGGCCAGAGGGACCUCCAGGACCUCCUGGACCUCCAGGCAAUGGACAACCGGGACUUGAGGGAAGACCUGGACCACUCGGGCCACCAGGACCACCUGGAGUGGGAAAACAAGGAUUGCCAGGAUUACCAGGGAAGCCAGGAGCAAACGGUGAAAAUGGACCACAAGGAGAAAUGGGCCCCAGGGGUGAGGAAGGGCCAGCUGGACAGCCUGGACCACAGGGUCCACCAGGGCCACCUGGGCUACCAGGAAUAGGUAAACCGGGGGUACCAGGAUUACCAGGCCAACCAGGACCCAAAGGGGAACCAGGUCACAAAGGUCUUCCAGGACUACCAGGGUUACCAGGACCCAAAGGUGAAAAAGGGAUGGGCCAGCCAGGACAACCUGGCCACAAAGGACUCCCUGGAUUGCCAGGACCUGCUGGGCCCAGGGGGUUACCUGGUUUUGGAAAACCUGGACUGAAUGGGGCACCGGGCCCACAAGGACCGCCUGGAGAGAAAGGCCAUAUUGGAGAACAAGGACCAGCAGGGCCACCUGGUGAAGGAGGACCACCUGGCCCACCAGGUUUACCUGGCCUGGGUAAGCCUGGUCAAAAUGGCCUGCCAGGACAACCAGGCACACCAGGUCCAAAAGGUCAUCCAGGACCACCAGGAUUGCCAGGAAAACCAGGACUGCCUGGAUUUGGUAAACCAGGACUCCAAGGACCAAAGGGUGAUAAAGGUAUGGGUGGGCCACCAGGGCCUCCUGGACCAAAAGGAGAUAAGGGCCAUGGAGGGCUACCUGGUAUGCUUGGACCUCCUGGUCCCCAUGGUCCACCAGGUCCUCCAGGCCCAAAGGGACCACCUGGAGGUUUAGGUGCACCCGGUCCUAAAGGAGACUGUGGAGAGGGAGGGCCUAAAGGGGGUGAUGGAGCCAAGGGUGAUGCUGGACCCCCUGGUAUUUCUGGUAAGGAUGGCAUUCCUGGAGAGCGUGGAGAGCCAGGGCCACGAGGUCCACCAGGUCCAAAUGGUGCAAAAGGAGAGGGUGGGCAUAAAGGUCUUCCUGGUCCAAGUGGUCCCCCAGGACUUCCUGGGCCCAAAGGACAAAGUGGAUUACCUGGUGAAAUGGGUCCUCAAGGUUCUAAAGGUAUCCCUGGAAUGGAUGGUGCUGCAGGACCAGUUGGGCCUCCUGGCCUUCCUGGGCCAAAAGGAGAAAGUGGUCCACCUGGUCCACCAGGAUUGACAGGUGAGGGCAUUCCAGGCCUUACUGGCCCAGUAGGACCCCCAGGGAAAGAAGGCCCAUCAGGACCCCCUGGUCUACAAGGUCAGCCUGGCCCUCCUGGACCACCUGGCCCACCUGGAGUACCAGGUUACUCACCUGACAUGGCUGGAGUGCUUUCUGAGAUGGGUCCUGGUCUGGAUGGUGUUAAGGCUGGCAGUUAUGGCAAGAAGGGUAAAUAUGGAGGUAACGGGGCAGAAAUUUUGGGUGCCAGUGGUUUGGAAAUGCCAGCAUUCACAGCUGUUGUAACCACACCCUUCCCACCGGUGGGCAGUCCAGUAGUCUUUGAUAGGCUCUUGUACAAUGGUCGCCAAAACUACAACCCCCAAACAGGGAUCUUCACCUGUGACCUGCCUGGCAUUUAUUACUUUGCCUACCACAUUCACUGCAAAGGAGCUAAUGUGUGGGUGGCCUUGAUGAGAAACAAUGAACCAGUGAUGUAUACAUAUGAUGAAUACAAAAAAGGUUUCCUGGAUCAAGCAUCAGGGAGCGCGGUACUACCUCUACAACCUGGGGACACUGUGUAUAUACAGCUGCCCUCGGAUCAGGCUGCAGGACUUUAUGCAGGGCAGUAUGUGCACUCUUCCUUCUCUGGGUAUUUGUUAUAUCCAAUGUAA